AUGAUUUCUCCCGCAACAACUGAGCCUGUCGAGAUUAAAAAUCGUGAUAAAACACCAAGUAAUAACGAUAACGUUCCUGAUACAAAUAGAAUUAAUAAUAUAAACCGACUUAUUUCUCCCCCACAAGGGCAAAAUAUUCAAUUAUCGAAAUCUCAACCUAGCAUUCAGAAUAAACCUGGUUCUUCACCUGAUACUAGGUUCCAUUUAAGUGCUUCUGGUGGUUAUGGAAGGUCUUUCGGUUCUUUGGAACCUAAUGUAGAGGCCGUUCCCAUCGACAUUCCUGAUGAAAGAAAGGUAGAGAUAGUCAGAAAGCACCUCGUCACCGAGGAAGAUUUUGCUCGUAGCGCCGAGAAUAGCGGCAAUUCGACAGAUCCACUUGCACUUUACUCAACAUCUCAUCAUAAGUUGCGUGGAUUAGAUGCAACACACGAGGUUUAUAAAUGGCAUAACAAUAUAGAAAUUGAGCCUAUGAAACGUACUCGUUCUCGUUCUUUGUAUAUACCACGACCAACUGAUCCAGAUAUGUCUAAUAUCAGGGAACCAGGCGGAUUUCGUCGUCAUCAUAUGAUGAUGAAGGCAAGGCAGGAAGGCAAAGAACUACCUAACAUUAUAACCCGAAACUUUAUCGAUUUCCUUGCAAUGUACGGCCAUUUUGCCGGUGAAGAUUUAGAUAUUCAAACUCAUGCCACUUCGUCACCUUCGAAAGCUGUAUUUUUACUUUUGAAAUCAUUUGUUGGCACCGGUGUUAUGUUCUUACCAAAGGCGUUCUAUAAUGGUGGCAUGCUUUUUUCAACAAUAGUCUUAAUUGCAAUCGCUGCGAUAUCAUUAUGCACGUUUUUAUUACUUGUUGAAACACGGGCUUAUGUCCCAUAUAGUUUUGGUGAUAUCGGUGGUGCAUUAUAUGGUCGUUGGAUGAGACUUGCUGUUCUAUUCUCAAUAACAAUUUCUCAGAUCGGAUUUGUUUGUGCGUACAUGAUCUUUGUUGCCGAAAAUCUCUCUUCGGUUACUAGUUAUUUUGUAGAUAUUAAAGAUAUGGAUAUAGCUUGGUUUAUUGUGGUACAAUUGUUUGUUUUCGCACCACUCGCCAUGAUUCGUCGUAUAUCCAGAUUAUCGUUUACAGCAUUGAUUGCAGAUGCUUUUAUUAUGUUUGGACUAUUAUAUUUAUAUUAUUAUGAUAUUUAUCGAUUAUCAACAAGUGGCGUCGGUAAAAUCGCAUCAUUUAAUCCAGCAGAUUUCGCUUUGUUUAUUGGCACAGCUGUUUUCACUUUUGAAGGGAUUGGUCUAAUCAUUCCGAUAACAGAAUCUAUGAAAGAACCCGAAAAAUUCCCAAAAGUUUUAACUGGUGUCAUGAUCUUCAUUACUAUCAUUUUCACAUCAAUUGGUGUUUUAUCUUAUGCCGCAUUUGGUGAAGAGGUGCAAACUGUAGUUAUUCUAAAUUUACCUCCAAAUGAACCCAUUGUUCGAAUUGUUCAAUUACUCUAUGCUUUGGCUAUUCUACUUUCUGUGCCUUUACAAUUGUUUCCGGCCAUAAGGAUCAUGGAACAAGGUAUAUUUGAAAGAAGUGGCAAAGAUAACCUUUUGGUAAAAUGGCAAAAGAAUUUGUUCCGAUUUUUAACCGUAGUGGCUUGUGGAUUAAUUGCAUGGGGAGGUGCAUCGGAUUUAGACAAAUUUGUUUCAUUAAUUGGAUCAUUUGCAUGGUAA